AUGUAUACAGGUGUGCAGCGCACACAAGGCCACAUCCGGUUUCAGUUUCAAGUUGCUCAUCCCUGCCCUCCUCUCGUUCCCCUUGCCUUCCCAACAUCCGCACUCUGUCCCUUUCUUCCCAAUGUGUCCCCCCACUAUUCCCUCCGUUCCCGCCCCACUACCCUGUUCCCCGGUGCCCGGCGAGGCAGCUUUGGAGUGGUGAUGCUGGAGGUGGUGCUGGGGCGAGGCCCGGUGGUGCUGCUGGGCACAGAGUGUGUUAACAUCAAGGACUGGGCUCUUCUCUCCAACCUCAUCAUAUCGUCCCUUCCCCCUCUGCUUGCACAACCCCGUCAGGCCGCCCCUCUCCUAGCUGCCGACGACCUCACACCACUCCUAGACCCCUCGUUACAAGCACAGCCACCAGACGCCCUCCUCCCCAGCACACUCAGUCACGAGCAGCAGGUGCGGCUUACAAGGGCACUGACAGAGCUGGGGCUGGCAUGCACACACGUGCCCACGGCCACCCGCCCCUCCAUGGCCUCGCUCAUCUCCUCCCUCUCCUCCCUCUCCUCCCUCAAGCGCCAGUUCUUUGGCACGAGGGAGGGCGCGAGAGAUGGCAGUGGGGGGCGACAGGGGUAUGGGGGUGUAGGCACUGCUGUUGGCGCUGGUGCUGGUGGUGGCGGUGUUGUGGGGAGGGUUAUUCACGAAGUGGGUGAGGAGGAUGGUGCGUUGGAGCUAUCAGGCGUCAUUGGUGCAAGAGCUGGUGGAAUAGAAGCAGGAGCAGGAACUAGUGAAUUGGCAGGGGCAGCAGGAGAAGCGCCUGGGAAGCAAAAGGGAGAUGGAGGAGGAGGGAUGGGGAGCGAUGUGGGGUUGCAGGAGAGUGCAGAGGAGGUGGACAGAGCGUUCAUGGAGGGGGUGAAGGAGCAGGGGCGCACUCUGGACGAGGAGCUGUCCAUUCUGAACCACAUGCUCGUCAUGUCUGCCGUGCAACGUAGUGGCAUCCACCUGUUUUCCUCCUCUGCCUUGCCAUCCCAGGAGCAUUCCGGGCACGGUGGCUUUUGA